CGCAGGAUUUAACCAAAACGCCACUGUCGAGGCAACGUAAUUAGCGACUAAGCUCGAGGGUAUUCAUGGCAUUUCGCUUGCUUUGGCCUAAAUAUGUUUUUCCCACUCCCUAAGUAACGGAUCAAGGGCCCAGGGGAGGGGAAAAGGACACGGAGAUAUGGGGGAGCGGAGGUUUGAAAUGUGAGGGAGAAGCGAAAGUCCCUGGAAAAUAAUUUCGUGUUCUUUGUUUUUGCCUUUUCGAUUUGGGAGCGGCUCGCAGUGGGCUCGCUUCUCUUGCGGCGGGGCGGCUUGAGGGGGAGGAGGAAUUAUCCUGUUUCUCUAGUGCUCGCGUCUUGACGCGUUUCGUUUCAUGAUUUCUUGGCCUCCUGCGUGCUGCUGCUAGUGCGUACGCCGGCCCUUUGAUUCGGGGGAUCAGGCUUUGCUUUCGUUUAGGGUUCUUUCACCUUUUUCUUUCGCCAAAGAUUGCAGCUUUCGCAGUCGCUUUGCCGAUUCCAAGCUUGGCCCGGCUAUUUCCCCUUCAAAAAUCACGCAAAGUCUGGGUUUUUACCCCGUCCCUUCGUGCGGGCAGCACCAAUUUUUUUCGUUCGCGCCUGUGAUUGGUGCUCAGUUGAAGCUGGGAGCGUGAAAUUUCCAGAGAUUUUUGGGUAAAUUUUGAGUCUUCCCACUGUGAAAUUUUGAGAUUUUUGGGUGUGGAAUUUGGGGUUUUGGGGGGGGGGGGGGUGCCACUUUCGAGCCUUUGGUGAGUUGGGGUCUCUCACGCCUACUUUGGAUGCGAAAUGGGGAAAUUUCUGGCCCCUAUGCUAUUCUGCUGUUGGAUUUGGCGUGUUGGCGUGUGAGCCUUGGUGUAGGUCACCGGUUUGGGCUGGUGGCUUGUUGAUUUCCCGGUGGUAAUGCUGUCUGCAGCAGCCGUGAUGGCACCAGCACUAGCCGCUCCGAAGAGCUCCCUCGAGGUCUUGCUCGAGACGAUAAAGAAGCGUGAUGAGCAGCCCAAGGAUGCGCCUCCGGCAUUGCCAGCCCGACCGACAUGCCGUGGCCGACUGCCCACCACAAGACGACCGUCACUGCCUUCCGGGUUCAAGCUUGAGAAUGAUGUGGUGAAAGGCGCUGCCACAGAUAUGAUGGCGGUUGGCAAGAAGCCAGAUGUUGAGAAGGAGAUUGCUGGGCUGGAGGCCAAGGAGGAAAAGUCGGUGAAAGCUUGCAUCUUUGGUACUAAGAGGAAGUACCCUAAUGCAGAAGUGCUGGAGGAGUCGCCGUAUGUUGAGAAAUUUCACGAGGAGAGGAAGGAGACGACAGUGUGUAAGGGUCCCCCUUCUGUUUCCUCAGCAACGGCUAAGAUGAAUGGGAAGACAGGGUGUACAGAUAUCUUGGAUUAUGUGCUUCAGAAGAAGCUGCGAGUUUGGUGUUCUUCACCAAAUGCAAAGUGGGAACUUGGACAGAUUCAAUCAAUAUCUGGAGAUGAUGCUGAAAUACUCCUGGCUAAUGGAAAAGUUUUGACAGUGUCACCAGAAAGAUUAUUGCCUGCAAACCCUGAUAUUCUUGAUGGAGUGGAUGAUUUGAUCCAAAUGAGUUACUUGAAUGAACCUUCAGUUCUUUACAAUCUGCAGUUGCGAUAUUCUCGUGAUGUUAUCUAUACAAAAGCAGGACCUGUUCUGAUUGCUGUCAAUCCAUUGAAAGAAAUUCCACUCUAUGGGAAAACUUCCAUUAUGCAAUACAAGCAAAAGGUCAAGGAUGAUCCACAUGUGUAUGCAGUUGCUGAUUUGGCUUUUAAUGAGAUGUUGCGAGAUGGCAUAAACCAAUCUAUAAUAAUAAGUGGUGAAAGUGGAGCAGGAAAAACUGAGACGGCUAAAAUUGCAAUGCAAUAUUUGGCUGCUCUAGGGGGUGCUAGCGGAAUGGAGUCUGAGGUUCUUCAGACCAAUGUCAUUCUGGAAGCAUUAGGGAAUGCAAAAACAUCACGAAACCAUAACUCGAGCCGAUUCGGAAAACUUAUUGAAAUACACUUUUCUGAAACUGGGAAGAUGUGUGGUGCUAAAAUCCAGACCUUCCUGCUUGAGAAGUCGAGGGUGGUUCAAAGGGCACAAGGAGAGAGAUCAUACCAUAUUUUCUAUCAACUGUGCUCUGGAGCUCCUUCCCUUCUUAAAAAAAAAUUGUUUCUGAAAAGUGCCAUUGACUACAGUUACUUGAAGCAGAGCAAUUGCUUGAGAAUUGACGGUGUUGAUGAUGCCAAAAAAUUUUCGGUGCUAGUGGAUGCAUUGGAUACUAUUAAGAUAUCUAAGGAAGACCAAAUGAAAUUGUUUUCUAUGCUUGCGGCUGUCUUGUGGAUGGGAAAUGUUUCGUUCUUUGUCAUAGAUAAUGAAAACCAUGUGCAAGCUGUUUCAAAUGAAGGGUUGGCUACUGCUGCAAAGCUACUAGGCUGCUCUGCCAAUCAAUUGGUGACUGCUAUGUCAACUCGUAAAAUCCGAGCUGGAAAUGACAGUAUUGUUAAAAAGCUGACAUUAACUCAGGCCAUUGACACAAGGGAUGCACUAGCAAAGUCAAUCUACUCCCAUUUAUUUGAUUGGAUCGUUGAGCAAAUUAACCACUCACUUGGAAUGGGGAGGCAAUGUUCACGGAGAUCCAUAAGUAUUUUAGAUAUCUAUGGGUUUGAGUGUUUCAAUAAGAACGGCUUCGAGCAGUUUUGUAUAAAUUAUGCCAAUGAAAGGCUGCAGCAGCACUUCAACCGACAUCUUUUCAAACUACAACAGGAGGAAUACUUGGAAGACGGAAUUGACUGGGCCACUGUGGAAUUUGUGGAUAACACUGACUGCUUAUCUCUCUUUGAGAAGAAACCUCUAGGGCUAUUGUCGUUAUUGGAUGAAGAGUCUACAUUCCCAAAGGCAACAGACCUUUCCUUUGCUGACAAGCUUAAGCAGCAGUUAAGCGGCAACUCUUGCUUCAAAGGUGAACAGGAAGGUGGUUUUAAGAUUUGUCAUUAUGCUGGGGAGGCGACAUAUGAUACAGCUGGGUUCUUGGAGAAGAACAGAGAUCCAUUGCACUCUGAGUCAAUCCAACUACUCUCGUCGUGUAAAUGUGAACUUCCAAAGCAUUUUGCCUCUGUCAUGGUUGCUGAUUCUCAGAAUAAAUCAAGUCUUUCAUGGCACUCAAUUGUCGAUACACAAAAACAAAGUGUUGUCACCAAAUUUAAGGUUCAACUGUUCAAGCUGAUGCAACAGUUGGAGAGCACGACUCCUCAUUUUAUUCGAUGCAUUCAGCCAAAUUGCAAACAACUCCCCAGGUUAUUUGAGCAUGAUCUUGUCUUGCACCAGCUUAAAUGCUGUGGGGUGCUUGAAGUUGUACGGAUAUCAAGAACAGGCUAUCCAACUAGGAUGACUCACCAACAGUUUUCUGAAAGAUACGGAUUUCUUCUCUUGCGUUCCAUUUCAUCUCAGGAUCCACUUAGUGUUUCAAUUGCUGUAUUACAGCAGUUGAAUAUUCCCCCUGAAAUGUACCAAGUUGGCUACACAAAAUUGUUUUUCCGUACAGGACAGGUUGCUUCACUGGAAAAUGCUAAAAAACAGAUGCUCCAUGGAACCCUCUGUAUUCAGAAACACUUUCGGGGGUUGCAUUCUCGCCAGGGAUAUCAGGGGCUGAAGAAAGGAGCAAUGAUUUUGCAGUCAUUUAUACGAGGUGAAAGAGCCAGAAUACACUUUGAUUAUCUUGUCAAGAGAUGGAGGGCAGCUGUUCUCAUGCAGAAGUACACUAGGCGUCGACUUGCAACUACUAUGUUUAAUGAUCAACUGAAAUAUAUCAUUCUUCUACAGUCUGUGAUCCGUGGGUGCCUGGCCAGGAAGAAAUACAAGUGCCUGCAGAAUGAAAAGGAGUCACAGUUCACCAGCAACAAAGUUCAAGGGGACACAAGAAAGAAUAUUUCAGAGGCGAGGAAAUGUCAUGAAAUGAAUUUGCAUUAUCCUCACCAACCAGUUGUCACAGAACUUCAGGGCCGUAUUUCGAAAGCUGAGGCUGCAUUGCGGGACAAAGAGGAGGAAAAUGUAAUGCUAAAACAGCAAUUAGAACAGUAUGAGAAGAAAUGGUCAGAAUAUGAGGCCAAAAUGAAAUAUAUGGAAGAUGCAUGGAAGAGACAGCUCUCCUCUCUGCAGCUGAGCCUUGUGGCGGCUAAGAGCUUAACUUCUGAUGAUGUGGCCACCAGAGCAGCUAGGAUUGAUGCUGUUCCAACACAUGCUCAGUAUAACUCUGAAGAUACAUUGUCCACCGGGACCCAUACACAUGAAGUGACAGAGUUGAGACACCAAAACUACAACCCUGAAUCUAAAGUGUCAGCAGGAAACUCAGAUAGGCGAGUUAAUGCUGUGAACCACCUAGCAAAGGAGUUUGAAGACAGACGGCAGGUGUUUGAAGACGAUGCUGGUUUCCUUGUCGCAGUCAAGUCCGGUCAGGUUGGUUCAAAUAUGAACCCAGACGAGGAACUCCGGAAGCUCAAGGACCGCUUUGCUACAUGGAAGAAAGAUUACAAAUCUCGGUUGAGGGAGACGAAGGUAAAUCUUCUGAAGGUUGGCACUUAUGAUGAGAGAUCCUGGAAAAGAUGGUGGGGGAAGAAGAGCUCCAAGUGAACGUGCAAGACAACUUCAGGUCCCCCCCCCCCCCCACCCCCAACAUUUUUCUGCCAUUGGGUCAAGAGAGAAGAAAUGACCAAGAAUGGCCGGGCAAGAGAAAAGAAACCGUCCCAGUUCUCUCCAUCACAAGCUUGAUGAGAUGAUGAUGAGCUCCAUCGACGGUGGCGGUGCUGUUAUUCAUCCUGUGUUGAGUGUCAGAUCAUAUAGGUGAAACAAGAGGUCUGUACAUGUAUAUUAGUCCUCAGUUGUCAGUGUAUGUAUGCCAUCAUGUAUUUAGAGCGACAGACCUGAAAUAUGGAAGGGUAACUAAAUACAGAUUAUCCGCCAUGAGCGAAUAGAGACGUGACAGCAGUACUGUAAGAUGUGUACAGUAAGAAACUGUUCAACUGUGCAAUGCAUUUUACUCUGUUCUUUC